AUCACCCUUUAACAAACUGAAGAACCUGCAAAAGAAAGGAGGUGGAUCAAUAUUCUUUAAUCAUUGGGAAAGUGGGUGCAAAAGAAAGGCUUUGUUUUUCUGCUUUCAGGGCUGCCCAGUGCCUCCAGCUACUGGCUCCCUCACUCCCUUGUUGGCUCAUUUGUCUGGGAGCUGAAGCCUUUGGAGCAGCAAUUUAAGCAGAAAUUAGGGGGACUUUGAGGUGGUAAGGGGAAAGACCUGCAGAGCACGCCCGAGCCCGGGGCAUCUCACGGAGGGCCAGAGCUGGUCCAGGGAGGCCUGGAGGACGUGGGGGUUACACCUAGGUUUCCUUCCCAGUGUGGGGAUAAGACCUGCAAAUCUAAAUAAAAAGGAAGAAAAAGCAACUCGCCUUCUCCCUCCCCUCAAUCCACCCCACUCACUCAUAGUCAUCCAGGAUUCCCUAUGCAGAGAUGGGUUUCCUAGUCCACGUAAAUGCAAUCGUGGGGUUUCCCUCUGCCUCUUACACAAUGCCCCGCCCCCAAACAUCACCAACCUCAGCAGAUAUAAGCAUUUGAGUCUGCAGGGUCAGGUCUCUGCUCUGGACUUGGGAGGCUCUGUGGCUAACUCCAGGAGAGAGACACACUGCAGAGGAGAAACACUGACAGGUACUGAAUCCUCCUGGAUCCCCUGCACGGGUCCUUUAAAGGCGCUAGGUCUGCACCCACCAGGGCUUUGGUAAAGGCAGCCUACUCCCCAGAUCUGGGCACUGCCCUGAGAACUCCUUUCUUGCUUGAGGGAUUUGCUUUGUUAGCAACUUAGUAGCAACUUCCAAGGACAGAGGGCUGUGGAGCGCGCCAGACUGGGAGGCUGAAAAUGCGGGAGAAACGUCAAGCAGCACAGCCUAAGAUUUCCUAAACCAAACCUGGUGAAUUUUCCCACAGUUCAGGAGUAGUAAGGACUUGAGAGGAACAACUAAAUCGGGUACCCAGGAUCCUACGGAUGAAGCCAAGUGAGGUUGUGGUCUGGGGGACAAAUAAAUUAGUGUCCCGUCUACGACAAGAGGCUCUGUUCCCCAGCCUUUCCCAUAAGCCCCUGGCUUGGAACAUAGUAACAGCAUCAGAAGGGAUGGGCAGGUCCCAGCAUAGCCCAUGCAUGAAUCCCUGUAUGCUGCAUAAAGUGGCUAGUAGAGCUGGGCGGGUUCUGUCCGCAGAGGCUUCUGUCCGCAGAGGCUGGCUGCAGCGAGUCAAUUUGUUUCCCUUUUGCACACGACUGUCUUAAGAGCCAGAAAAGAAUCCUUCCGGACGAGUACAGGAGGGAGUUGGGGCAGGCUUGACCUCAGGGCUUUGGCAGUAGUUGCUCAGUGUUUUCAGGUGGAUGGGGUUGAGGUGGGGUGGAGAAGGCCCCAGUAGGUGGAGGUCCAGAGCCACGCCCCUAGGAGGAGAUGGGGCGUGGCCAAAGUUCUCCUGGCUUUGCCCUACCAGGAGGUGGGGAAGCCGGGAUGUGUAGGUGGGGAAAAAAAAUGAUCUCUCAUGCCUUUGUCGGGGUAGCGGUGAGGAUUCCUGCCCCGGAUUUCAGGUGAACAACUAAGUAUGAAGCAUCCUGGGUCAGAUGAUUCAUGUAAGUGUCACAAGACUGGGAUUCUUCUCUUUAAAUAAAGUGAUUCAUCCUGAGUUUUACUAAUUCCAUGAGUCAAAGAAGAAGGAAAUGUGAUUAGUUCCUCAUCUGAUUAUGAAAAUUUACAGGUGUUUCUGCUUAUCAGAAAAAUAGAAAUUGAUUUCAGUGUUAUUGCCAUGGUAACAGGACAUUAAGUAAGCAACCAUUCAUGAUUAGUAUUUCUUGAGACUAAUGGACAGAUUCACAGACCAGAAGGAUAGAUCCUUGUGACCCAGUGUCUUAGAGGUGUUCUAGACUGCUGGGGGCCGGAGAACCUACAUGGGCAAUUCCUUGAAGCACAACAGUUCCUGCUUUACGCAUGGCAAGGGAAAAGAGAACACCUCGUGUUGGGGUCAUUUUCUCUGGAAGUCAGGACAGCCUGUUGUGUUCCAGGCCACGCACAGGAUUUCCACUGAGAGGGGACUUGGCAGGUCUGAGAAGUAAAAAUUCAAAUGUUCCAGGGAGCGCUGGGUUGUGUGUGGCUCAGUGAUAGAGCCCUUGCCUAGCAUGUGUGAAGCACUGGGUUUGACCUCAGCACCACAUGUAAAUAAAUAAAUAAUAAAAUUAAAGGUCCAUCCACAACUAAUAAAAAUAUUUUUUUAAAAAAAUGUGCUAGGGAAAGAGCAGGAGGAUCAUAAUCAAAUGAAUAUACAAGAUAUAGAAAAGUCUCCAUCAGGAGUAUGCAGAAUCUGGGACACUAAUCCCAUCAUAGACUUAGAUUCUAUGAAAAAAAAAAAAAACUCAGCUAGCAGGCACAUAAAUCUCCUGCUGGGUUUUGAGCUAAUGAUAUUACAAUAAAUACUUUAAAAUUAUUUUUCAAUAAAUAAGGUUUUAAUCGAUUUAUGGAUGUAUUAUUGAGAGACAAGAAACUGUACAUAAAGUCUACAAUUUUUGUCAGGCCCUGGGUUCGAUCCCCGGCACUGAAAAUGAAAACACACAAUUUGAUAAAUUGCGACAUAGGUGGAAUCCUCACUGCCAUCAAGAUGGUACGUCUAAAAGUUUCCUUGUACUCUUUUCUAAUUUCUCCCUUGUACUCCUACCCACCUCUCCAAGUGAAAUCCAAUGGCUUUCUGACACUAUACAUUAUUUGGCAUUUUUAAAAUUAUAUGCAAAUGGAACCAUGUCCUAUUUUGUCUGGCUUCUUCUAAUGAGCAUAAUUAUUUUUGUAAUUCAUCCUUGUCAUUUCCUUUUUAUUGCUGAGUCAAAGUCCCAUUGUCUGGGUAACCGAAAUUGGCUUCUCCAUUUACCUGUUGAUAGGCUUUUGUUUUGUUUGCAGUUUAUGGUUUUAUACAAAUAAAAGUGUUGUGAACAUUCAUGUACAGGUCCUGGAAUAAACACAUGCUUUCAUUUCUCUUGGGAAAAUACCCUAGAGUGGAAUGGCUGGGUUAGAUGGUAAGUUUAUUUUCAAGAAACUGCCAAGCUCUUUUCCAAAAUGCCUGUACCACUUCAUGUUCCUAGCAGGAGAGUUUGCAUUCUGUCACAGCCUCGCCAGCACCUGGUAUCAUUAGCUAUUUGAGCCAUUCUACUACAUGUUCUCAUAGGUAGGUAGUGGUACCUCACUGUAGUUUCUGUUGUGUUUUAUCUUUGGUUUCUUGGCCGUGCUGGGGAUUCAACCCCAGGGUUUGUGCUUGCUAAGCAUGCACGGCAUGCACUGUACCACUGAGCUACGUUCCCAGCCCUCACUGUAGUUUUAAUGGCAUUUCUCUAGCAAAUAAUGAUGCUGAACAUUCUCUCCUGGGCUGAUAGCCCUCCCUCAGGGGAUUGAUUCUAAGAUCCCCCUGUGAAUACUAAAAUCGAAGGAUGCUCAAGCACCUCAUACAAAAUGGCGUAGUACUUGCAUCUAACCUACAUAAUACUCCCAAGUACUCUAAAUCAUCUGGAGGGUACCUACAAUACCAAUUAAGAUGCAAAUAUCAGGUAAAUAGUUGUUGCUCUUUAUUGUUUUGGAAAUAAUGUCAAGGAAAAAGUCUGAACAUAGUCAGUACAGAUGAAACUUUUCCUCAGGUAUUUUCCGUUUGAGGUUGGUGAAAUCCACAGGUGCAGAAACCAGAAAUGGAGAGCCCAUGGUAUUCGCUAUUUAUGUAUCGUUCUCGGUGAAGUAUAUGUUCAAUCUCUUAUUCAUUUUUACAUUGGGUUGUUUGUUUUAUUAUAACUUUGGGGGGGGCAGGAAAAUAGGUUUAUUCAAAGCCAGCUUUGAAGUAAGAUAUAGACUUUUGUCUCUAAUCAUUACCCUCAGAGAACUCAAGGUGAGGAAAGUUUUUUUUUAAACGAGAGGGCAAAAAUGAAACAAAAGGCAGGAAAUAUACAUGUUGGGAUUCAGUCAGCCAGAGAACUGGUCAGUCUCAACUUCCUUGGCAUCUGUCCUCAGCAGGAGGAAGAUUUUAUUCUCAGUGAGAGGAAGUUCAGAAGUUAAAACAAUUUGAAGCAUUAAUUUCAAAAGGGGCUGUUUGCAAUCCUGCAGAGAAACUAGUUAUCAAGAAGUUGUUCUUAGUUUUGGAGGGAGUCUGUCUCAAAUCCCCCCUGUUUCGUUCAUCUCACAAUCUUUAGGGAACCCUGGCUCCAUGGCAUGUGACUGGCCACCCAUUGUUCAAUGUGUGUGUAAAACUCUUCAAGGAACUUGAACAUAAGGAGUCAGAUGCUUAUUCCUGAAGGAGGAAUAUUUAAUAGCUCCACCUAGAUGAAGGGUUUUCAUAUUAGUUCCUGUAAGAACACUCGUUCAGUAGCCCCCCUACCCCCUGGUGUUUAUUGUUGGUGGAGUUUGACAAGUGACUGCCUGUGAAUUUCCCAUCCUCCAUCUUUGAAUGAUGUCCUCUGAAAACUUUGCUGAAUAUUUGCCAAGCAUGCUUGUCCCAUGCUACAGGAGCUCUGACAUGUAUCUUGAUCUGAGUGGUCCUGAAUUUUUCUCUCACAAGACAAGAGAUGUCUCUCAAGAAGGAUCCAAGUAGUUCCCCAGAGAGAAGUGGGAACUUGAUUCAGGACUAGCAGGGAAGAGAAUUACAGAAUUACAGCACGCCUCAGUUAAAGGCAUAGGCAGAUUUAUUUAGGAAAGUAGAAAGAUAUUCAAAGGAGAAUGGGGGCAAGCUCAAGAGGGAGACACAGCCUGUUUUCUUAUUUUACUUUGUGAGUGUUCUUUAUAUAACUUGGAUUACAGGUUCUUUUUUUCCAAUCAGGGGCUUGUUUUCAUUCUUUUUCUUAUUUUAUUUUUUUUAUUGGUUGUUCAAAACAUUACGAAGCUCUUGACAUUUUUCUUGUUCUGAGUAUUAAACUCAGGCUUCACAAAUGUGGUGAUGCACUCUACCACUGAGCUACAGUUCCAGCGGAAAGAUCAAGAACUCAGGCCAAAUUUUUGCGCAUGGCUCCAAUAGAGCUGUUGCUGAUCCAUAUUGCUUUCAAGGGUGCAAGGAGGCAAAGGUCAAAGAAAAGUUCUUAAAGUCCAACAUUUCUUUUUUUCUUUUAUGUAUUGUGCAUUUAGUGGCAUCUCUAUGAAAUGUUUGCUUCACCCAAGGAAAAAAUAUUUUCUCCUUUACUUUCUCUAGAAGUUUCAUAGUUGAGGGACUGAAUAUACACAGAGACGAUGGCCAAAUAUAAAUAAAUACAGAACUCUGACUGACAACCUCUGCAGCAACCAGCCCAGGAGGGUAACCCACAGCCCCCAGAGCCAUUGGCCAAAAGUGUCAGGACUUGUCCAGUAACUGACAGCUUCCCUAAUUUCUGCCCUCACUUCUAACUCAGGGCCAACCAAGGAAGCCAAAGAGGUUUCCCAGUCUAAUCACAGAGGAUGCUCCGUUUCGACUUUGCUUGCCUCAUCUUCCUCACUAAUGACCACAAAUCAGACCUUACCCAAGCUUGUCUUUUUGUCCCUAGGAAGAUUUCCCACUCCCUCCCCUGUCAUCAGACCUCUGCCAACUGCAAGCAAUGGUGACUAUUUCCCUUGUUAUAGCAAGCUCUCCAUAAAUACCCUGUACCUUUUUUCAGUUGAGUGGUUUUCAUUAAUGUCCACAGUUCUUCUGGAGUUUCCUACAAGACACCAUCUACACUCCUUGUUGUUGUGGGUCCCAGGCUACGCCCAGGUCUGGUGCCUACAGAGACCCCUUGCACCUUGCUACAAGUGGCUUGUUGAGCCUGCACUGUUGUGGUGACCUGAGAGCCCUUCAGAGAAGUUGGCAGAACUCAUUACUCAGAUCACAGCGUUCCUGUGGUGGCAGUGGCAUCCAGCAGACUUGGCUCCUCCAUCUGCCCUGCCCCCUCCAUUUAUAGGUGAAUUUGGCCUCAUGCUAUAUGAAAAUCAGAGAACCUUUCAGGGUUGUCAUUCAAGAGCUGAGAAGAUGAGUCUCAAGAUUGAUUUGGAAACGAACUUUGCUGAGUUUGUUAUAGAUGCAGGAGAAGUCAUCCUAGGGACUCAGCAAAGAACGGAUAUGAACCCUCCUCUACUGCGGGUGAAACAGAAUGAAAACAUCUUGCUAGCAGUAUGUGCUCUGCUGAACUCUGGAGGGGGAGUGAUCAAGGCCAAGAUAAAGGAUGAAGACUACAAUCAUGAGAUUCAUGAAGAGGGGUUGGAUCUACCUCCAGUUUUUGAAGGUUAUUUAGAUGAGAUGCAACAGGGAAAGCUCUUUUUAAUAUUUGUGACGUCAUGGAACACAGAAGUCUCAGGUGUGCCACUUGCCACCUUGUGCUCUAAUUACCACAGAUAUAGAUCAUCUAACAAUGUCAUGGAUUCUCAUAAAGCACUGGUAUUCCUGAAAGAGAAAACUGAUUCCAGUUUGUUGAGUCCAGGAAGCUCACACCGUGAAGACGACACAGAGGACUCGGCUGCUGCUUUAUUUGAUAGAGUACAGCUGCAGUACCUGGAGAAACUCAACUUGAUGGAGUCCCUGCACGUUGAAUUUCAAAUGUUCCCAGCAGCUCUGUCACAGUGUGUUAAAGAGAGGCUCGCCAGGUGUGUUUCUGCAUUGGCCAGCGCUGAAGGAGGCUAUGUAUUUUUGGGUGUACAUGAUGAGACCCAUCAAGUCAUUGGAUGUGAAAAGGAGAAAAUAAAUCUUUCCAAGUUCAAGAAUUCUGUUGAACGCUGCAUUAGGAAGUUACCUGUCCGUCAUUUCUGUACACAGAGGCAUACAACUCAAUGUUCCAUCCGAUUCCUUGAAGUUCAUGAUAAGGGGGCCCUCAGUGGUUAUGUCUGUGCGGUGAAGGUGGAGCGAUUCUGCUGCGUGGUGUUUUCCAAAGUGCCCAAUGCCUGGCAACUGAAAGCCAACAAAGUGAAGCCGCUGACCACAAAGCAGUGGGUAGAUUGGAUGAUGCAAGCCAAGCCAGUUCAUCGCAGACUUUCUGAGAUGUUCCUUGAGCUGAGUUUGUCACCCUCCAUGCCCCCCAGCAGGACUGUGUGUACUCAGAAUUUGGAAAGGCUGAAAGUACUGCAGAAACGUCACUUUCCAG